GAGCUGUCGAAGACAACAUGAACUUCUGCCCAAAUACUGCCUGUCACAAAGUAAGGCAGAUUCGCUCUUUAGAUUAACUAUCAUACAUGCUAUUAUGCGUCCUUUUUUUAUCUGGGUAGGUAAGUACCUACCUCUCUUUGAUAGAACUUUGGAUUAUGACUCAUGAUCAAAUGCACCACGAUGGCUACGGGUACUAUUCCCCCGUCAUGGUUAGACGACACCUUCAAAUUGGCGAAAGAAGACUUCAAGCGAAGCCUGAAAAACCCGGCCUUGUAUGACUUUUCCAAGCUCGUUUCUAUAGACGAUGUGCUCGAAGAGGCAAAGAAAAUAGAAAGACAACAAGCAAAAACUAGGACACUUCGCGGAUUAAGGAGAGUUCAGCCGCUUAUCAAUGGACUUAAGGAGUACUCUGCCAUUAUUGAGGUAUUCGCACAGGCGAAGCCUGAUAUUAUCAGUCUUAUAUGGGGUCCGCUCAAAUUCAUCCUCCAGGCGUCCAGCUCAGUCAUCUCGGCCUUUGAAAAGGUAGUUAAAGUCAUCGCAGACGUGGGAACGACCCUUCCUAGCUUCAAGGCCUAUACCCAAUUAUUUCAAUCCAAUCACGAGAUUCGUCGAGCCCUAUGUUUGUUUUUCGCCGAUAUUCUCGACUUUUACGCCAUUCUGUUGAACUUCCUCACCAGUCCAACGCGAAACAUAAUCCUCGAGUCACUAUGGCCUAACAUCCGGUCAAGCAUUACGAGAGUUCAGGAGAAUAUGGAUAACCAUAAAGCCAUUAUGACGACAAAUGUUACGCUCCAAGAUAUACUACUAGCUCAUCAGGCUCGGAAACGUGCCCUCGAGGAGUACGACCAGGCACAAGUUUUCCGCGAUAACCAAACCUUCAACACUAUCCGAAACGAACUCAGUCCCCAUGACCAUGAUGUGGAGCUAGCUAGCAUCCUACGUCGGAGCUCUGUAGUGUCGGGAGAAUGGCUCAGAGAUGAGCCAGAUUUUAUGAGAUGGCAUGAUUCCAUAGAUAGGACCGCAAGAAUCUUAUGGCUUUGCGGAAUUCCUGGCUCUGGGAAAACCUUUAUCGUAGGCAACCUUAUAAAAACAAUACAAAGCUCCGGACAGAGACUGGUAUUUGCCCUUUUAUCACACAAUAACCAGGCAGCCGGCGAUACCAUUAAGGUCCUACAUUCAUUCCUGUUCCAGCUUCUCGACGUUGACCCUUCCCUGCGAUCACUUCUUCACGAACCCUCCCAAUCAAAUUACAGAAAACUCAAAACCGACUCAGACUUCCUCAUUGAGUUUUUGUGUAAAAUCCUUAGGGACGUAGGGCCUACCUUCGUCAUAUUGGACGGUCUGGAUGAACUAGACGAAUGCUCAUGGAGGCACCUUCUUGCUAGCGUAUUGAAGAUCAAUGAGAGUUGCCCGGAAACAAAGCUACUCAUCAGCAGUAGAGAGGAGCGUAAUAUAGAAUUACGUUUGAGAAACAAAUCUAUCCCUAUUCGUGUUGAUGAUAGAAAUAGCGGGGACAUACAAUCUUUCGUCCAGCUUGAAUGUGAAAGUCUCCUCGACGAAAUGAGGAGUUGCCGGGCCGACCAGCAGACUUGUCUCGAGGUCAAGAAAGGAAUAGAUGGUGUCGCCGAAAAGGCAGCAGGUAUGUUUAUAUAUGCCAGGCUAGUGAUGCUUAUGGUGAAAGAUCACCAUGACAUCGGAACACAGAUACAAGAUCUUCCAGAUCUUCCAGAUGGUCUUGAUGAAGUAUAUGGCCGCCUCCUCGACAGGGCUAGAGAGAAGAACAGGAGAUUUGUGCGUCCAAUAUUACAAUGGGUGGCAUGCGCUCAAAGACCCCUGAGUGAGGAAGAGAUGCUCCAAGCUCUAUCCAUCGAGCCUGGCCAGCAAGAUUUUACGAAGAGGCGCAAACAGUUCCUUGACAUUUGCAAGAUGUGUGGUCCGAUUAUCGAGAUUAAGGACGGCAAUAUCCAAUUCGUCCAUUUUUCUGCUAAGGAAUACCUUCUUCAUGAACAAAGCGACAGCUUUCUGAACCUAUCUGAAGCACACUUGGAUGCCACGAUAAUCUGCGCCACGUAUUUAUCACUCUCGUCAUUGAACUCAUUAUUCUCUCAUCGCUCGAAUGACGAGGUCGAUAUCCAGAUGAGAAUCACGGAUGGCGACUACGUACUGUUUGAAUAUGCAUCUAUGAUGUUUCUGGGACACCUGGAAGCCGCAUUGGAAACCCAUAAUACUGCCCAGGAUGCUCGUUUACUCGCAGCCCUGAGUCGAUUUCGGGAGACUCGAUCCGUUGACUCCCCGGAUACUUCAUGCAUCCCGAAGCAUAUUAUUCACAUGUUUAGAAUGUAUGUAGAUGAACCUCAGGUCCAAGACUUCUUGUCCAUUGUCAUGUACUCUCAAACAAAAGCCCAAAACGGGAUGUCCAACCAAGAUGGGGUUACGGGUUCUCCCAUGGAUGAUCCGCUCAACAUAUUCUCGACCAGGCGCAAAGUCAGAAAAGGCGUAGAGGAUGCAAUAUGUCGAGAAUCGUAUCACAGACCUAGUUGCUGUUGCAAUGACUUGAUGCGUCUAUAUGGAGCAAACGUAUAUCACUGUGAUCAACAUUUCUGCCAUGCAUACCAACGCGGAUUUCGAUCGAAACAACUCAGGGACCAGCAUUUAAAGAUACACCAACGGCCGCACAAAUGCUCUAUUGACAACUGCCUAUUCACAGAUAUAGGGUUCUAUGAUACACCAGGACUAGAACGACACAUGCGUGACACCCAUCCUUCGUCGACACUAGGAAAUGAUGUAUCUGGCCCUGUCGUAUCACCAGGUCGACCACUAAAUGAUACCUACGGUAUUUUCAAGGAUGCUGUGGCACUUGACCAAGUAGAUCUCGUCAGAGAAUUAAUCGACAGAGGCGUGGUACUCAAAAAUUCCGAGUUUUACUCUAAUAUUGUUGGAUUAGCUGCCUCCAAAUCCUCUAAAGACAUGUUAUCUUGCUUGCUCGGUUGGCAAUGCGGGUACGAAGCGCCAUACCUAAGCAUCUUGCUAGCAAUGGCGCUUGAAUUUCAGAACCUACCUAACAUCGGAUUCCUGUUUUCUUAUGAACCGCAAUUGUUAGAAUGCAUGUAUGCUGAAUAUCAUUUAGGUGUGGGAUUCAUAGCCCCCGGUAGAACCCGGUCUUCUGCGUCAUCCAGUGGCAUGUCCCAUUAUGUCCGCGCAUUAAGUCUUUGGAGUCCAACUUUGAUGGCCUAUCUGAUCAACGAAUGUUGUAUUACUGUACCACUACAAGUAAAGAGACCAGGAAGAAUCUUUGCUGAUGCAGCGAUUAUGGAAGACACGCUAGACCAAGCGAGAAAACGUUUCCAUGAAAUCAAGCAAUAUAUCAUCUGGCCUGAGGCUUACGUGGAAGGUGUCGCCAUGGCUUCAGAAUGGCGGUGCUUUACUGGCGCCAUGAUCUGUUUGGAAAAUGGGGGUGAUCCUAAUGGCAAUAGGCAAUUUUCUAGAAGAACGGCAUUAUUUCAUGCCGUAGAAGCAGGAAGCCGGCAGGGAGCUCAGUUUGUAAAGGAACUAUUACGGAAUGGCGCAGAUCUAAAUCACCCUGGCUUUAAGGUAAAAAGCAACUCAGCAAUGGCGAAGAAGACUGCAGGACACUUUGGGUUGACAUGGGAAGAGAUGGUUCGGAGGCUUAGAGAAGGUGAAGAUCUUCCUAUAAUUUCACGUCGUAAUAACAAUAGGAAUAUGUAAAUGCUACAGGGAGGUUUGUCGCAAAGAAAAUUGUUAUCUUUGUGAUUAGUACCUACGAAGUAGGCAG